CUCUUCCCCCUCCCCUCCUCCUCCCCCCUUUCCUUUUUGUUGGGCUUCUUGUCUUUCUUUCGUUUGACUUCUUAUACAAAAGAAAAAAAAAGAAAUAGAGGCCAUUCAUAAAAAGAAACAAUCAAGAAGAAGCAGCGCAUUGAUCAUUUGAUUUCCUUUCAUUAUCCUGUUCUUAUUGUUCUCUCAAAAUUGUCCAAACGACCAACGUGGUAGGAAGCCUCAUUUGUCUCGUUCUGUUUCGACCUGUUUCGCUUUGUUCUUUCUUUCUUUUUUUCUUCUUUUUUGUGAGUGACUCUUGCCCCAUUCUUUCCAUUCAUUAACCAUGGCCAAUCCUUCGACCAACGAUAUUCUCUUCAUUAUCAUUAUCGUGAUUGCUUUCUUUAUCAUCAUGGGCUUGCUCGUGUACAUUUUCCACAAAGCCACGAGCCCGACGAAACGAGAAGUGCGGCAGUUUGAGCAACAGAUGCAACAGUAUUAUCAAUCGAGCACGGCACCGCAAGUGCAAUACAUUACUGCGUCCGAAUUGGAAGCCAUGAAACCUUCGCUGCUCAAGCAACUGUACGCACAGGAUACCGAGAAACGUCAAUCUUUGCUGCAAAAACUGACCGGCCGUACUCAGAAAACCGAUACCAACGCCUUCUCCCCACCUUCGUCGGUUCCCUACGAUACCGUCACUCGCCCAAGCUCGGUUCGUCCUCCUUCUUUUCGACCCAUGCCUCAAGCCGGCACUGGCCCUCAUUCUUCUUUACCGAUGAUUGUUGUGGUCAACGACGACCACGGUGCCCUGACUGGUCGGAGGCCCCAUCCCGCCGCUCCACCUGCGUACGGCGAUCAUCGAUCAUCCGCUCUCUUGCACUGUGACAGCAUGCCCAUCGGCUACACUGGCAAAGAGUAAAAAAAAAAAAACGAAAUAAAGCCUUGAGGUUCUCUCUCUCUCUCUCUCUUUGUCACUCUUUCUGUUUGUUUGUGAUGUAAUAAAUAUAUAUAUACAUAG